AUGUCAAUCCUGAACCAGAUUAUUCCAGGAAUCUACCUAUCUUCUCUGAUCAACCAAGUAUCCGUACAUCGAGCUGUUUCCGGUAUCAUCAGCUCGAAAGUAGUCAUCCGCGGGGCAAUAGCAUCACCCCACUACAGAACGUCCCCGCCGAGACCCCUCCAUCGUACCUCAUCUUGGAAGCCUUCUUACGCAUUUUCCACAAUCGAAAACCCAACGUCAAAGAUGUCAAAACCACAGGUUCUGCUACUGGGUGAGAUUGACCAUGCCCACGAUGCCUGGUCGUCUCUGGCCUCAAUCGCAGACGUUAUUGAGCCGAAAGCUAGAUCUCGGGACGAGUUCAUCAAAGAGUGCAAGUCUGGAGCUUUCGACAGGGUAGUUGCGACUUACCGUACAUUCACAAGUGUGGCCAUUACUGGCUUAAUCGACGAGGAGUUGAUUGCUGCCCUUCCAAAGGGACUAAAAUUCAUUGCACACAAUGGGGCUGGCUACGAUCAGAUUGAUGUUAAUGCUUGUACCAAAGCAGACAUUCGGGUGUCCAAUGUCCCCACUGCUGUCGACGACGCAACAGCCGAUACCAAUAUGUUUCUCAUUCUGGGAGCUCUCCGUGGGUUCAAUACUUCGCUGUUUGCGCUCCGAAACGGUCACUGGAAAGGCUCUCCUCCCCCACCUCUAGGCCAUGACCCACAGGGAAAAGUGAUCGGUAUUCUGGGUAUGGGUGGGAUUGGUCGCAACUUGAUGAAAAAGGCAUCGGCAUUUGGCAUGACAACCCAAUACCACAACAGAACUAAGUUAUCGGAUGAGUUGAGCGGUGGUGCUAAAUAUGUUAGUUUUGAUGAGCUGCUUGCGACUAGUGAUGUAUUGUCGUUGAACCUACCUUUAAAUAAACAAACUCGUCAUAUCAUUUCAACAGCAGAAUUCGAGAAGAUGAAAAAGGGCGUAGUAAUUACGAAUACCGCUCGUGGGGCCGUCAUGAACGAAGAUGCGCUCGUAAAAGCCUUGGAAAACGGCCAGGUGUGGUCAGCUGGUCUUGAUGUAUUUGAGGAGGAGCCGAAAGUCCAUCCUGGUUUGGUUGGAAACCCACACGUCAUGUUGCUGCCACAUAUGGGAACCUGGACGGUGGAGACACAGACUAAGAUGGAAGUUUGGUGCAUCAACAACGUGAAGAGUGCUAUUGAAAAGGGGAAGUUGAUGAGUCCUGUCGGCGAGCAGAGGGAUAUGUGA